AUGGAGAAGGAUAACAAAAUAGGGAAGGAGCAACUGGUAUGCUGGGUGCAGAAAAUGUUAAAGAGAAAACGUUUUGAUUUUAGUGACCUGAGAGAUGGAGCUGUCUACGUGGAUCUGUUCAAGUAUAUAUGGCCACAAAUGAUGAAAAAAUACGAAGAAAAUUACAAGCAUAAAUACACCACCGAAGAGAAAGAAAAAAAAAACUGGCUAAUUAUAAACUCUGUCCUUAAUGACUUAAAUAUCGAUUCUGAUUUUAUAAACUACAACCAUAUAUGUACAGGACACUUUACCAGCUGCUACCAGUCCUUGAUUGUUUUAUUUUUCCUGUACUCAUUAGUGAAGCAUCACGAAUGCGACUUUGUGCUAGCCUAUCCAGUGACGAAAAAAUUAACUGAUUUUAUGUCAAGUGAUGAACCUCUAAAUUGUUUACUCAGAGCUGGUUCUGUGCAACUUCCUCAAAAAUUUUGCAAAGACUUUUCUAACUCUAUCCAGGUGAAUACCUCCACGGUAAUAAACGAUGAAGAAAGGGACAACCCCUUCGAAAUGGGGAGGUUGCAAAACUGUGUCCCCUCGAGAUGGACUCCUAAAUCGCACCACAGUGCCUUCACCAAUGGCAACUUUUUCAAAUAUUUCAACAAAACGGAGGUAAGAAAAAGUGAAAUUUUAGAAAAGGGAUCACAUGAUGAUAAGAAAAAAAGUAUCUUUCUCCAGACUCCACAUUUAAACUACCUUCCAUCUGCAAACAUUGGCAGUAGCAGUUGUGUAAAUGAUCACAAAGCUAUACAAGCUGAUGUGAAGAAAACCAAAGUGGAUGCAAGUUGUCAAUCUGAGAAUGAUCCUUUUUUUAAUUUCUUCCUUAAUCACAAUUCGGUGACUAAUUUAAAAGUUACAUGGAAUGAUGAAGAGAAAAAUAUUAAAGGGGAAUCCUUUAUUUUGUUUUUAAAGACACAAAUAAAAAUGUACAAAAGGGAACUUGGUCUGAGGGAGGAGGAACUAGAAGUAACUAGCCAAAUAAAAAAAAAAGAAAUGGAAGAUAUUAAAAUGGCUCACUCUACCCAACUAGAGAUGCUCCGAGAAAAACACCAAGCUCAAAUUUUUUACUUAAAACAGCAACACUUGGAAGAUAAAGCAAAAAUAAGGAAACAGUUUGAGACAAAAAUAUGCAACAUAGAAGAAGACCUAACCCUAGACCUCGACGUUCUACACUGCCAGGACAAAAACUCCUUUGUGAGUAACCUACCCGAUGAGAAAAUGGAGUGGACCAAAUUGAAAGAAGAGGAGAGAUCUACACCCAAACAUAGACAUAAACACAACUGUGGAAAACAAAAUAGGGGAAAUGUCACAGAAGGCGUAGAUACACCAGUAGACUACGAUGAGGAGGAUGCAAACAUUAACCGUUUUCUGUUUGACCAGGUAGAUAUGGGAAGUGUGUUGAGUGGAGGAAGUUCCGGAAGGGAUCACUACAGCGAUGACAUUCCUAAGAAGCGGAAAUUCUUAAGUUUCGAUUACUGCCUUGAGGAUGGAAAAGUGAGAGAAACGUCAGGGGGGGAACCUGAAGGAGAAGACCAAGGACCGCUAUACACAGGAACAGGCGCAGAUCUAACUUCCAACACAAGAGGGGAGACACCCCGUGUAGAAACACACACGAGCAGCAACAUCCGGGCAGCCAUUAACAAAAUAAAGCAGCUUGUUAGCAAAAAAAAUAUGGAACACGAACUGAACAACGAACACAUAAGAGGAGAAAUUGCAACUCUGAGGAAUGCAGUUGAAAAUUUUCAAUGUCGACGAGGGUGCGAAUUUGAUCUAGUCACAGAAAGUGCUCAGGUUGUGAGCGAACUGUUACAGUCGAUUGAUAGGGAAGAGGAGCAGCAGGAAGAAGGAGAAGAAGGAGAAGGAGAAGUGCCCCCCAAAGGCUGGGACACGUUUUCCUAUAUAGAGAGGGAGCAAAAUAAAAUUUACGAGAUGAUAAAAAGGGGCCAUAAUGGUCUCCUCAAAAACGACCAAGUGGUGAAAAUCCUCGACGGGAGUUCCCUAAUUCGGCUGCUCGUCCGCGUAGUUUGUGCAUUAAAGUUGGAAAGGGUGAAACGUCGCCUCGUCGGUGAACGGGUGGCCAGUAAGGAAAGCAGCGAAAGGAGGGGAAGCAGCGAAAGGAGGGGAAGCAGCGAAAGGAGGGGAAGCAGUGAAAGAAGGGAAGGCGGCGAAAGAAGGGAAGGCGGCGAAAGAAGGGAAGGCGGCGAAAGAAGGGAAGGCGGCGAAAGAAGGGAAGGCGGCGAAAGAAGGGUAAGCAAUGACAGAAGAGUAAGCAGUGACAGAAUCAACGAACGAAGAAGCGAACGAAGCAGCGAAACCGGGGCGAGGGGUGCGUUCGCGUCUAACGACACCCCAAGCAAUGAAAUAAAAAAAAUCGAGCACGAAAUGGAAACGGAGGAACAUAUAAAAAGUGUCGAAAGGAAGAAUAAACGAUUACAGUGCCUCAAUGAGUACUACAAAAAGAGGUUAGGACAUCUAGAGGUGUGGACACACGCGCUGGAAGACUUAAAAUCAAAGUGCAAAAAAUUUUACACAGAAAAUGGCAGACAUGCGUUUACGAAUGGAGGGGAAGAGAGGGUUCUUCACGAAUGCUCGGAGAUCCCUCCUUCAGGUGACUCAUGGGACGGGGCGGCUUCGUCUGAGCGGUUAGCCAAUGCGCAGCUGGCACCCGAAUCUGUGCCCAUGCAUCCGCUUGCGUCGUUGCCCCCCUUCCUGUGGUCUCCAGAAUUUUAUUUGCGAUCUUUUGAAGAAGAAAACGAAAGGGACGCACAGCUCAUGCGUCUGUUGAAGCUGCUCGGUAGAUGUGAAAAUGAGGAGGAUACGCUUCUUUUCCGAAGUGACCUCCCUAUGAGGUGCGGAAGGAGUGAUAACGAGGUGAAGAGUACAAAGGAGAGGGAAGAAGAAAAUAGGAAGCAACAAAAUCCAGAUAAGCAUAAACUGAGUGUAUAUUCCACAGAAGCAUUGCUAAAAAAAAAACUAACAUACAAUUUUUGGCUAAUUCUUGGAGACAUAUACAACUACAAGAAUGUUAUAGUCGAAGCGUGCCAUUAUAUUUGUCAUUCAAAUAUCAUGAUGAAUAGGUACUUCAUAACAAGUGAGCAUAAAAUGAGAGAGGAAAGAAGGAUAUUCGAAAACACUUGCAACGGUAAGGAUACUGUUCACAUGGAAGAAAAAUACAAAUGGAGACAACUCAUCGGAAGAGCGACAUUGAGUAGGGACUUAUAUAAAGAGAAAUAUUUACAACUACAAAGAGAAAAUGAAAAGGAAAAAAAGAAUUUCCUGCAUCUAACCAACCUCUGCUAUGAACAAGAAAGUGUCAAAUAUAAAAAUACCAUUCUUAAAUUUAGACAGGUGGAUCAUAACUAUAGGGUUUACAAAGCUAGAGAAAAAAAAUGGGUUCAGCUAGCCAAACUGCUCAUAACCGAAUUGAUAAAUUCGUCAAAGGGCAACCAGGAAGAAGUGAAGAAUGUCUGGCUGGAAAUUGUCGCAACUGAGGGGAAGAAGAGGGAGAAGCAUAAGAAGCAUAAGAAGCAGAAGGAGAAGAAGCGGAAGGAGAACAAAAAGUGCGUGCAGGGGGGAGGUCCCAGCUGGGAGAGCCAUAUCGAAGAAUGCAUACCUAAUGACGCUUGCGAAGGUGUGGCUGAAGAAACCUCUCAUUUGACGCCAAUCAGACGGAAAACAAAAGAGGUGGAAAAUUUAGGGGAAACUCACCAAGGGGGGGAAAGCAAAAUGGGGAAGGGAACCUUAACCAAUAGCGCAAGGGACCACGGCGGACAGAACAAACGGAGCAGUACUACCAACCGUUUCGGUACUACCAACCGUUGCAGUAGUGACAAAUUGGGAUCCGCAUCUAAGGGGGGGAAAGAAAAAGCCCACAGGGAUCGCAGCAAUAACGAUAUGUGCCGCCAAGACCAGUCAAUGUGUAAGCAAGUGUCUCCCCCAGGCCGUGGUGCGAAGCGCGCGAGCGCUGAACAGGACGAAGGGGGAAACAAACGAAGUGAAUCGAACCGCUGUAGGAGGGAUUAUUUUACAGGGAUCGAGGUGAACUGCUACAAAGGAGAUCUUCACGAGAGCGGUGCGAACUGCUGCAAAGGAGAUCUUCACGAGAGCGGUGCGAACUACUACGCCAAAGACUUCCACACCUUCCUGAAUGAUGUGCAAAGUAGUUGCGUCCUUAGCUUCUCUUCUGCGAGUGAAGCGGACAUUUGGGUGUCGGAAGGGGAGGGCACUACUCCCGAGCCGCUGCAUAGUGAUGUAGACAGCGAUGGAGGCAGCGGCACUGACUUAGGUGUAGAUGGAAGUGCCGUACGCCUUGCCACUAGCAAAAGCGCAGCCCAAACGGUUAAUAAAAGUGCUGCUCAAACGGUUAAUAAAAGCGCUGCCCAAACCGCUAACCAAAACGCUGCCCAAACCGCUAACCAAAACGCUGCCCAAACCGCUAACCAAAACGCUGCCCAAACCGCUAACCAAAACGCUGAGCAUGGCGCGAGUCAUGGCCCCAGCCGAGGUGGCGAAGCGUGGGAGACCAGACUGAAACAAAUGGCAGAGGAGUCAUGUACGAUGUUCCAAAGAAUUCUCUGCAUGAAAGAAGAAGAAAUAACGGAAAGAAAAAAAAAAAUUGAACUUCUGGAAGGAGAACUAAACGAAAUGAAGAAGCAAAAACAGAGUCAGGAAAAUAAGUACGCAUGUCUGAAGGAACAAGAAAAUGACUUAGUUAAGAGGUUAGGAUCCUUAAGCGACUUAAUAUCGAAUUUGAAUGACCAAAUGUACAAAAUGAAUCGAGAAAAAAUCUGUAGUGAAAAUAAAAGCUUAACCAAACAACAGGAACUUCACACCAUUGUGAGGAAUUAUGAAUGUACGAUAAAAUUAAUAAAAUCUCAUUUGAAGAAAUAUCCCUCCGUUUUGUGCCUCAUAGACGCAGUGACGGAUGGGGACAGGGAGAUAAUCCUGGACUUGGUCAGCUCGGGUGAGAAUUACAACGGGGGUGAGAAUGACAAAGGGGGUGAGAAUGACAAAGGGGGUGAGAAUGACAAAUGGGGUGAGAAUUACAAGGGGGGUCAGAAUGACAAAGGGGGGCUAAGUUUUUCUCUUCAGGUGGAUAAGCACACCCACGUGAAGGAGAAACAAAAUUGUGUAAUUAAGAGCGUUGCACGGGAGACACCCAUAAUGGCAGCCACGAAGACAGCCACAAAUGACGACUCGCAAAUCUUGGACAAUUUAGAGGGAGCCAAUAUGUCAGUCGGGGGAGAAGACAAAUGGGAGGGCAUCCCUGAUUUUUCUCUAACCGAUUUGAUAAGGGAUAUGGGGUGGGACAAUUAG